AUGGAUAUCAAUGCAUUAAGACAAAGAGUAGCUACUAAUGCAACUAAAUGCUUUGGAACAGACAUCCUUAGAGAUUAUACAGCUAAAUAUAAUAAGAACUUUCUCUUUCUAAAGUUAGAAAGAUUAUUAAAACAAGAACUGAAAAUUAAAUGGGAGAUAGCUACAUUACAACAGUAUAUUAUUGACAAUAUUAUCCCAAAAGGGCUGAGACUAUUUAAAGAGCCUGCAUUUUCAAUAGAAGAUUUUGAGUUAAAGGAGAGAUGGUACGAGGCAAUGGAAGACUGCUCUUUUGUCUUUAUAGACAUCAUUAUAGAAUGUAGGAAGAGACAGCUCACAGAAUUAGACCAUGAGAUUAAGGAAAUUCAGCGCAUUUUGGAACCACUAUUGGAAGAUGAAGAUUCACAAGAAAAGAUCAUGAAGAUAUCAGGCAGUGUUGAUAGACUAGAAGAAGAUAUCAAGAAAAUUAAGAAGGUCUCACGGGAUAUGAAAGACUAUAAAAAUGAUAGUGAGAAACUUCCAUAA